AUGGACGCAUCAACACGCCUGUACAAGCGCCUCGGCGAAAUCCCAGAAGACCCAAAUGACCCAGAGAGUCUAGACGAUCUCAUCGUCUGCGCAUUCGGCGCAUUCGAACGGUACUAUGUUUGUUGGAAGACUAAAGGCGGGGAAUUUAAAUCAGAUAGCUACGACCUCCCGCCCGCCCUCCGCGACUUCCUCUACCCAGACCCCUCCAGCGGCAUAACGCGCGACCACGCCUCCCUACAAGUAGUCUUCGGCCGCGGCGAAGAAUACUUCGCGUCCGACAACAACGGCAAGCUGGAAUUCAAAGAACCGGCUGAAACCAGAAAAUCCUUACCUCCUACAUCCAACGGUGGUGACAAUGAUGAAGAGGGGGGUAUUACCAACAACAAUACCAAAGCGGAUAGACAAGCGCUUCGACGAUCACGCACAGUAUCUUUCCUGCGCCCACUGUCCGAGAUGAGUGUUCGAUCGGAUACGAGUUUCGGGAGUGAGACUUCAUCUUCUGGGUCGGGAUAUGGACCUGGGUCUGGCACCGGCACUGAUAUCGACAUCGAGAACAGCACCGACGAGCUAUCCAUCUACAUCAACGACAACAGCGCCAUGUACAUGCGGCUGCCACGCCCACGCCCCCUCCUCCACCUCAAUACCAACCUACACAUCCACCUACACAUCAACAUCAACAUCAACAUCAACCUCCCCACCACCCAAACCCCGCCCAACCUACACCUCAACCUCCACGCAAACCACCCCCCCACUAACCUCAACUCCCACCCCCCGCGCCGCCCUCCGCAUAAACACCUCCACGCCCUCCAACUACUGGUCCACGCAAACCCCCUCACAUGGCGAUUACAGCGCCAUAUCGCAAGCCUCGACGUCUUUUUACAGCGACUACGAUAA